AUGCUCUUGCUUGACUAUCAGAACGUUCUAAUUCAGUCUGUUCUCAAGGAACGAUUCGCAAAAGAUGCCCCUCCCGCUUCCAUUGACCAGACAGUUUCCGACUUCGAUGGCGUAACUUUCCACAUCUCGACUCCCGAAACGAAGACAAAGAUUCUGUUGUCAAUUCAAAUAAGAUGCUUCCGAGACUUGGUCCAGCACGGCGCUGAACAAGUCCUCCAGCGCGAAUACGGCGACUACGUAACCAGCACCGAACCAGGCUAUGAUUUCUCCGUUCUGAUUGAUGUGGAAGGGGUCACGGGCGAGAAGGAGGAACGCGAUGCAUUGGCACUCAAGUUUGCCCUGCUGAAGCGCAAUGCUAUGGCUGCGCCGUUCGAGGCUGCGUACGAGGAACACUACCAGCUCAAGGAGGAGGCUUCAAAAUUCUCUUCCGAGGAGGCUCCCAAGGGCGUUCUGGAAGGAGGGCAGGUCAAGGCGAUCCACUACCGUGAGGAGGAAGCCAUCUACGUCAAGGCGAGCCACGACAGAGUCACGGUGAUGUUCAGCACCAUCUUCCGCGAGGAAACUGACAGAGUAUUUGGAAAAGUCUUCAUCCAAGAGUUCGUGGACGCAAGGCGGAGGGCUAUCCAGAAUGCGCCUCAGGUGAUGUUCAGAAACGACCCGCCUCUGGAACUACAAGGUGUGCCUGGGAUCAAGACGACAGACGGAGAGAAGGUUGGCUACGUCACAUUUGUGCUCUUCCCUCGCCAUUUGACGCCUCAGCGUAUGGAAGAUGUAAUCUCGCACAUUCAGACGUUCCGCGAUUACUUCCAUUACCACAUCAAGGCCUCGAAAGCUUACAUCCACUCCCGAAUGCGCAAGCGCACAGCCGACUUUCUUCAAGGCAUUGUUGCGCCGCGCUCGACCCGAGAACGAAGAGAAGGAAAGGAAGACAGCCAGUGGAAGAACAUUCAAGGUCCAGGGGAUUUGAUUGCCAGUUUUUGCUACAGCUGCGACAGGCGCGCUCGGUUUGGGCAAGUCAACGGCACUGCGCCCGCAUGGUCGAUCAAGACCAUGGUAUGGCCUUUCGAUUCGACGAAGACUCCAAAGGAUGCCGAGUCGGCAGAGCGAAAGCCGGUCACAUGGGUUGAGUCCGUGAACGACCAAAAUCAGUUCCAGGCUGCUAAGGAAUGGGCACCCGUCGUGCUCUUUUCGCUGGCCAGUCUUGGUGCACUCCAGCUUUACGUCAACUUUCUUCGUCGCAUCCCGGGCGCCGGCUACGUACGCCCCGACUACUUCCACAAGCGGAGCAUCUACGGCCGGGUCACCAGUGUGGGUGAUGGCGACAACUUUCACUUGUUCCACACGCCUGGAGGCAGAGCUGUUGGAUGGGGAUGGCUGAGAAAGGUCCCUGAGGGUAGGAAAGACCUCAAAGAUCGGACUAUCUCUGUGCGAAUCGCUGGCAUCGAUGCACCCGAAUGCGCCCAUUUCGGCCGUCCAGCCCAACCCUACUCGUCCGAAGCCUUAGAAUGGUUGCGAGGCUACAUUCUGCAUCGCAACGUGCGGGCCUAUGUCUACAAGAAAGACCACUACGACCGGAUCGUUGCCUCGGUGUUCGUUAGGCGAUGGCUCCUACGACGAAACGUGGGGCUGGAAAUGGUCAAGGCAGGACUUGCGACGACAUACGAGGCGAAGUCGGGCGGUGAAUAUGGCGGUAACAAAGCUGCACUGGAAAAGGCGGAGGCAAGGGCGAAGAAGAAGAAGCUAGGCAUGUGGUCGGUUACGAAGAAGGACUUUGAAAGCCCUCGCGACUACAAGACCAAGUGGCAGGGCAAAUAA